AUGGCAAGACACACCUCCCUUGACUCCGAGCGGCCCAUAAUGGCACAAUCUAACCGUGCAUCAAAGAGAUUCUCCACCAUCAGUGGGAGCCCCUCCGUCGCAUCAUCUGAACGUACCCUGCCUAGCGGCGACCCCAGACUCGCUGAAUUUCACAACUUGCGUGAUGGAUUGGAACGCCUGGAGAACAAGCCUCUCCAGAAACAACGAUUCGUACCCAGCGCCGAAAAGACUGAUAACUUGAGCAAACUCGCGCUGGGCGCCAAAGUCGAGCGCGCUCUCGGACGAAGGAUGACCAGCCAGGAUGCUGUCAUGCGGAAGAAGCCUGCUCUAAGCGAGAAGACAGUUGUCGAGCCCCAAGCAUAA